AUGUCUUCAUCGAAUAAUCUGCUGUCCCGAGCUAAACUCCAUGGUUCUGAAUUUGUUGUCAAAGUCAAUCAUCGUAUGUUAAUCGAAAAAAUACUCGCUCGAUAUUCGUCAGACUUUGUUGUCUGUCGAGAGCUCAUUCAAAAUGCUGAUGAUGCUAAAGCAACAUCAUUUUGUUUCGAACUUUCAUGCGAAUCAAAUGGUUCAAGAAGAGGAACAUUGCACAACAGCAUUGUUACUGAAAUUCGCGCAGUUAAUAACGGAGCAAUCUUUUCGGAAACCGAUUGGGAACGGGUAGCAUCAAUUGCAGAAGGCAAUACUAACAUUGAAUCAGUGGGACAAUUUGGUGUUGGAUUUUUUUCAGUUUUUUCGUUUUCAGAAGAGCCAAUCAUUAAAUCAGGUAAACAAUAUAUGGCAUUUACUUGGCGGAAUGAUUCAUUGACAACAUAUCGCUGUGAACUACCCAGCGCAGAACAUUCUAAUUUGACUUCGAUUAAUCUGAAAAUGCGGAAAACAUCAACAUUCAAAAUAAAAUCAAUAUCAAAUAUGCUUCUUCUCAACUCGUUCGUAUCAACAGCACAAACAUUUUCCAUUGCUAAUGGUCCAUCAAUGACUUUGAUACAUAUUGAUGUUAUCGCAAAACUAAAUAUCGAUGAAGAAUUUCACAAUCAAAUUAAACGCAUCUUAAAGAAAAGUCUUCCAUCUAACGUUCGAAUUCAAUUAUUAUAUGUACCAACUAAUACUAUUUCGGAACUACAAUCCAUCUCGUCGGAUAAAAUCGAUCUUGAAACUCAAAUUCUUAAUUCAUUAUUACCUCUCAAGUAUUAUGAAAAUCCAAUUAUUCCAUCAGGUCGUGUCUUCAUUGGUCUUGGAACACAUCAAACAACAGGUUUUGGAAUGCAUCUCUGUAGUCAUCUAAUUCCUACAAUGGAGCGUGAAAAUCUCGAUAUGCAAGAUCCACAUUUAGAAAAAUGGAACAAAGAAAUUCUUGCAGCAACGGGACAAGUAGUUCGUUUCAUUUAUGAUCAAUUGAUAUUUGAUAGCGAUCAACUUAAGCAUAGUUUAUCUGCCCAAUUCUCAACAUUUUCAUUUCAGACCUCUGUUCCAAAUGACAAAAUUGGUCUUGCUAUUCUCAAUGGGUUUUUUGCUUCAAAAGAAAAUGUUCUAGUGCCUGUCAAACAACCAACAUUACCUUCACGAUUGCCUCUUGUACCAUCAUCAGAAGCUUUUCUUGCUUAUUCAAAAUAUAUCCAUUCAUUUCUUUCACUUCCACUUGUCCCACUUGAACUUUCAAAUAAUGGAUUGUUUAAUGAACUUAAACAACGUAAACUACUACAAGAAGUCAACUAUGAUGUUAUCAAGCAUACUUUACAAACAUGUAUUCUUCUAUCAAAUGAAUUUACUGGAUUAUUGCAUUGGUUAUGUAGUACUGAAGUUAACAAUGAUAAAGAUUUUAUUGAAAGUAUCUUCUUAACUAUUCGUUUUCGGGAUAACGAUAAUUCACCAGUUAUAACCUUAGAAAAAAUUAAACAUUAUGAUGAAAUUAAUCCAUCACCACUUUUACCUUUACCAUCGAAUGUUAUACCUUCUAGAAUAGCUAUCCAUAUUUCAGAUGAAAAUUUUAAUAAACAUUUAUCACUAACACCAUUAACAUUUGAUGAUCUAUUAAAUUUUUAUUUUCUUGGUAAUCAAAAGUAUCUUUUCAAAGAUCGAAAUAAAGUUGCGCAUCUAUUCAAUUUAAUUUCAAGAUAUUGGACUGAUAUUCAACUAUCUAGAAAAGAUCAAAUGAAGAAAAUAUUAUCACAAAUUGAAUGCAUACCAACAGCAAAAGGGAUGAAAUUACCUAAAGAAUCAUAUAUUCGAUCACAAAUAUUAUCACCUGACUUACCUAUAAUUACAAUGAAUGUUGUACAACAUAUGAAUCAAAUUAAUAUGGAUGGAAUGCGAGUCAAUAAUCGUCGUAGAAUCCAAUUGAAUAAUGAUUCAGAUGAUCGUGUUUUAGAUGAAUUUCUUAAGUUAAUUGGAUGUCGAACAGUUCAUGUACAAUCGUUCAUCGCGCAUCAAAAUACUCUUUCAAAUACACCGAAGUCAAUCAAAGACAGCUGUCUAAUAUUCAUUCAGUAUUUGAUCGAUUCAUAUAAAACUAUGAGUGAAGAAGAUAUCGCAGCAUUGAAACAAACUCAAUGCUUUGCAGGUACAACAAUUCAAUCGAAAAAUGAAAUAGUUGGUCUAUUCGGUCCUGACGAGUUACUCUUUUCAGAGGCUGCGCAUCAACUUAAAUCUAAUACAGUGCAUAUUAUAUUUUGGCCUCCUGAUUCUAUCGAUUCGAGCAUUUAUCACUUUCUGUGUUCCCUUGGCGUACGCGAAGCUCCUAAUCUUGAUGAUCUCAUUGACAUGAUUGCCGAAGAUUUUAAGAAUCAACGUUUCGAGCAAGGCGCAUCAUCAUACAUCAUACCGCCAUCACUUGAAUUCUUGGCCAAAAAUGUUGAAAAGCAUUAUCCAGAACUUUGGAAAAAAAAAACAAAUCGACGAGCCUUCCUUCCAGCUCAAUGGCCAGCUAAUCCAAGUAGUCGACGUGCUAAUCGUAAAGACAAUAGCAUAGUAUUGAUGUCUGUGGAAAAGAUUUUUAAAAAUUCCAAUCCAUUAUGUGCUUGUCCUUUGCCACAAGUAGUGGCAUUAUUUAAAGAGCACUUGGAUCUCUCAAUAUUGGGUCUCAAAGAAAAACCAUCAUUGAAGGAAGCCUUUGAAAUACUCAUGGAGAGGAAAAAUGUAGUUCUUACAUCACUCGAAUGGACUGGAUCCAUUUUUAAGUUUAUGAAUAGUUUGGAUGGUAUGGGAACAGAAUUAAAAGAGCAAAUCUCUAAAUUAGCUUUUAUUCCAUUUCAAGGUUGUACCAAUUGUUAUGAUUCAUACUUAUUUAAGUAG